AUGGCUUUAACUUUUCAGCGAAUCCACAUUUCCAAAGCAAUAAUCGAAACUCUGGAACGCGACGAACCACCUCCUGUCCCACCUGCGCUUCCAGUUGCAUCAUCCAUUGGGAUGCCCAUAAGUAACAUUUCGUCAUCGCCCCCUCAAUCGCGUCAGCAACGCCGGCCAACCGCAGCACCAACUACACUGAAACCUGCUGUGACGGAAUCAGAUCUGAUAUCAGGUGAAGUGACAGAUUCUUCAACUUCUGAGCUUCGCAAGCGUCGUCAAUAUUAUCAACCACCGUCCCCCUCGCUCUCACCACUCAGAGCAAUCUCAUCAUUGGCUCCAGCACUGUCGAAUUUUCCAGCUUCGCUCACACCGGCUUUACAUUCGCCAGGACAAGAAGUUGAUCAGACAAAUUUAUUUCGGCAUCGGAGCCGGGAGUGUAUCAGAGAGAGAGAUGAUUUUGAUGGAUAUGUUGAGGAAAGUCGAGACCAUCAAAACCGCUGGCGACGGCGACAACACCGCUCUCGUCGGUCGCAUAGUCGGAGCUUCGAGAGUAAAGGUGAUUUGGAGGAAAACGCGGAUAAUGCUGAAGAUGGGAAUGUAGGCUCCAGAAGGCAUAAACUUUUAGAAGCAGGUUUAAUAGGGGACGAAGAGACACAAAAUGAGAACAGAAGCACGCCAUCGAAAAGACGUCGGCUGCACCACGAGUGUCGAAAUUCGGAAGAGCGCCGAGAACGCCGACGACGCUGGGAGCGACGAGAAAUGGAGUCGCCAGCGCCGCAACCUAGUGUAGACCUUCUAGCACGGAACGAACGACAGGUGGCAACAAGUCGAUUGGUGCCAGCAGAAACAGUAAUCACGAGGGAUAGAGAAGAUGAGGCGCUUUCAGAUCCAGGAACACCCACCCGAGAUGAGCAGCCAUUUUCACUACAACCAGAACACCACGGGGCUACGGGUCUCGAUCCGAAGGAAGAAGGGACAAGAAAGGUGGAACUUACAUUAUCAGAACAAUCCCAAGACGACCGUAAGUUGGGGGGGAGCACUUCGCUCAGUUCUGAUUGUUUUUUUUGUAAUUCAUAG